AUGUUGUAUGGGCUAGCAAAAGACUAUGUUCUUCAAGGAAAGGAGCAUCAAGACAACUUUGCCGAUGCCAUAGAUGUGAUAUGUGACACGCAUAUAAAACAGCUAGAACAAGCCCGCGCUGUAGUUAAUGACCCGAAAAAGUGUGCGAAAAUCAUUGAUCGGUUAGUUGAUUACCACAAGAAGCUGAAGAGACGAUAUUCUGAAAUGGAUGAGAGCUCUAGCAGUCAGGAGCAACUAGACGAACCAACGUAUGCCCCACUAACUUUAUCAGCAUCAUCUUCAUCCAAAGAGAAAACCAGUCAUCAGGAAGAGAGAGAUUUUGUCAUCAGCUUCAAGGAAAAGUUAAAUGGUGGACGCAUGAGCUGGUCACGUUGCUUCGCUGCCGGCCGCAAAAAAGGCCUUUUUGCAAGAUACUCUACCACUGAGAGCCUGCGGGUAAACUAUCGCAAGUUUAUCGCUCCUUAA